AUGAACACAAGAGGGCGCCAGAGGACCACUAAUGACCCAAAGAGCAGCAGUCUGUCCACGGCAGAGUUACAGAGUGCAGAGUUCUUCAUCAUUUUGUACUGCCAGCAACAAAGGUUCAAGUUUGAGAUUGAAGCUCUCUCGCAGAACACCAGAGUGAGCCGUCAGAGUUCCAUCUAUGUGUUAGAUCCUGUUUUGGAGGAUGGGCUUUUGAGAGUUGGAGGCAGACUUCACAGAAGUGCAAUGCCAGAGGAAUCUAAGCAUCCAAUAAUCCUGGCCAAGGAGCAACACAUCUCUGAAUUAAUCAUCAAAUGCUUUCAUCAAACUCUUGGACAUUCUGGACGAGCUCACACUCUGUCGGCUGUAAGAAGAAAGUUUUGGAUUACAAAGGGAAAUUCUGCUGUGAGAAGGAUUAUUGGACAGUGCAGUAUCUGCAGGCGAUACAAUGGGCGUCUCUUAAUGCAAAAAAUGGCUGACUUACCUGCUGCAAGGAUUCUCCCAGACCUUCCCCCCUUUACCAACACAGGGGUUGAUUACUUUGGACCAAUUGAGAUUAAAAGAGGAAGAACAUAUUGCAGAAGAUAUGGUGUUAUAUUUACCUGCCUGGCGAGUCGAGCCAUUCAUUUGGAGGUAGCAGCUACUCUUGACACUGAUUCCUGCAUAAAUGCGUUAAGACGAUUCAUCAGCCGAAGAGGACAAGUGAAACAUCUGUGGUCCGACAAUGGAACAAACUUUGUUGGAGCUGAGAGAGAACUGAAAGAAGCUCUUGUCAAACUGGACCAGGACACAAUAAAUUCAUUCUUGGCACAGGUAGAAAUUAAUUGGACUUUUAAUACACCUACUGCCUCCCAUUUUGGUGGUGUUUGGGAGAGAAUGAUCCGAUUGGUGAGAAGGGUGCUGAACUCAGUACUGCGUCAACAAACCCUGGAUGAUGAUGGGUUAAAUACAGUGUUGUGUGAAGCUGAAGCCAUUUUGAAUGAUCGUCCUAUUACAAAACUCUCGGACGAUCCAAAUGACUUGGAGCCUUUAACACCAAACCAUCUGCUCCUGCUUAGAGGAAAGCCAUCAUUUCCUCCUGGGAUUUUCAAGCCAGAGGAUCAGUAUGGAAGGAGGCGAUGGAAACAGAUUCAAUACCUGGCUGACCUUUUCUGGAAGAGAUGGGUUCGAGAAUAUUUACCCUUGCUUCAAGAAAGACAGAAAUGGAACGGGAAGAUGAAAAAUCUUGCUGUUGGAGAUGUUGUGGCCAUUAUGGAUCCAUCUGCCCCUCGAGGAUCUUGGCCUCUUGGAAAAGUUGUGGAAGUUUUUCCAGAUAGUCACGGCCUUGUGAGAUCUGUGAAGUUGAAAACUAAAUCCAAUAUUAUUGAGAGACCAAUUUCUAAGCUUUGCAUGGUAUAUGGAGUCUAAUUACUGUGUAUAAGCCACA